UACAAGACCCACAUUCCACAAGCGGCAUGAGUUUUCUGUGAUGAAGCAGUGCAGUCAGAGAGAGAAAGGUGAACAACACUGGAAAAAAGUAUCGGUAUAUGCUAUAAGUUAAUGUGCAGACAUCGCUAAAAAUGAAGCCCAUUCAAUUUUAUUUUAAGCGAAAAAAAAGACGAGGAGAAAGAGAAUCCGGCGAGGGGGGGGUUUCGCAAGGUUCAACUAAUGAAGCCUCUUCACAAGGUUUACCUGAGGCGGCUAACGUUGACAUGGCAGCUAACGUUAGGGAUGCUGAGAACAACGUUAGCAAAGCUACCGUGACCCCCGCUGUCUCUUCAACGUCCACUGUAGCCGGUGGAGGGAGAACAUAUAGAUUCAAUGCGAAUUGGCUCAAAAUGUUCCCAUGGCUAGAGUUCGAAAACAAUGUCAUGUUCUGCAAAUAUUGUAGAGGGCAGAAACAGGCGAGCAACUCGUCCUUCGUGUCAGGAAACCCGCAUCUGAAAAGAGAUAUUGUAGCGAAACAUAACAUCUCGUGGCGGCAUAUCCAGUGCAGAGAUCUGUACCUGAUGAGACAGGAGAAACCAUCAGGCACGGUGUCAGCAGCCUUGAGGAGGCAAGUGCUGCUGUCUGAGGAGGAGAAGAGGAGGCAGCUGAAAAUAAAGAUAAACAUUGCAUACUUCAUUGUGAAAGAAGAAGAACCUUUCGUCAAAUUUGGGCCACUUAUCAGACUCCACCACAAAAACAGAGUUGACAUUAAUCCAACAUACGACAAUGAUGUAAAAUGUGCGGAGAUGAUCGGUCAAAUUGCUGACAUAAUGAGAGAGAACCUGUCAGCGAAGCUGAAAGCCGCGAAAUAUCUUGCUGUGCUAAUAGACGGAGACACUGAUAUAUCCAACACCGAAUGCGUUGAUUGUCUACGUACGCUUGUUGGAGGAUGAGAAGCCAGUCAAUCUCCUGGUCGGACAACAGACCCUUGAGCACUCCCAUGCCAUUGGUAAGUUGUUCCUCUUUAUAGGCUUUAUUCUUGUGUAAAGUUUAAUCAUUAUUCAUAAUGGAGAUCAUUUAGUUUGUCAGAAAUACUUUUGUAUAAUUGUUUUUUUGUGUUGUCAUUCAAGGUAUUUUGGAUGCCACCAAGGCCACAUUUCGUGCUGUUUGCCCAGAGAAGGAUGGAGGGUCACGGAUGAAGAAGUGCAUCUCCUUUGGGGCAGAUGGUGCCUCCGUGAACAUGGACCACCGUGGGGAAGUGAAUGCCCACCUGCAGAGAGAGGCAGGGGUAAGGAGACGGUGAAUUGUUUGGAAUAUUCUGUUCUGACUUUCACAGACUAAAGCUGGCAAUACUGACCAUUCAGAAGAAAGAGCCAAAGGUGUCUGUCGUGUACGAUCUUCUGAAUUUGAUAUGGAAGAUGUAUCACUUCAGCGGAAAAUCCAAAUGAGAGCUCUAUGUUCUCGGGCAAGUGCUCGGUGUGGAUAUUUGCACACUGUCUAGCGUCAAGGGAACUCGCUGGAUACCCCAUGUCCACAGAGUCCUCAAAGUGUUCCUACGGCAUGUACAAGACAAGGACCUUGCCACUGACGAAGGCCAGUACUCUGUUGUUCUGCAGCACAUGGAGCACCUGGCCAUAGCAUCAACAACAGCGGAAGUUCAAGGGCGGGCAAAGAAGAUAAAACAGGAAAUGGAGAAUGCACUCUUUUGUGUAUUCUGCCAUUUUCUCUCAGACAUGUUUGAGGAGCUAUCCUCACUUAGCCUCACCCUGCAAAGGAAUGACCUGAUCCUCCCCCAAGCCACAUCAGAGUUGAGGAAGACAGUGACCAGACUGGAAGCAUUAAAGCUUAGAACAAAGGCUGGAGGCAUGCUGGAGAAGAUUCAGACCAUGCUUGCUCAGCAGCAGGGUGAUGAGAGGAGAUUCCAGGGAAUAACACUGAAGGGGAAUCUGAAAGGCUUCACAGACCUCAUCAAUCCCCAUUAUUAUUGGGUUAUCUCAAAGCCAGGUUUGGUAUUUUGCUGAAGGAUGAGGGUGUCCAGACCCCAGUGGUGUCUUUCAGAGUGCUAAACCCUGACACAUGGCCAGAAGACCAGGCCAGCCUUCUCACCUUUGGUGAUGAUGGUGUGGCAUACCUGAUGAGGCAUUUCAAGGAGCCUCUAGAGAGAUCGGGGUGCAACAUGGCUGCAAUCCAGGAUGAGUGGCAGGGGCUGAAAAUCCUGGUCAGCCACAAUUUCAAGGACAAGUCCUACAGUGGCCUGUGGGAGACCAUGUUGACAAAGGACCCCUACAGGCACGAUUACAAGAACAUACUGGAGUUGGUGCAGCUUAUGCUGGUGCUGCCCAUUUCAGCCGCCCAGUGUGAGCGAGGCUUCUCUGCGCAGAACCAGAUUAAGAAUUCGACAAGAAGCUGCCUUGGGGUCUCCACCACCGAAGACCUGAUGAGGAUCAGCCUGGAGGGGCCUUCUGUCGAGGAGUUCGAUCCCACUCCUGCCGUGGACCGCUGGCUGACCUCUAAGCGUGCCAAAUGGCCAACAUACAAAAGCAGCUGGACAACUGAUAUCCUUUGCGUCAAGUAUGCAUGGGUAAAUGUGUGAUUUUGGUGGUUGUGCUGUUCCACAGAUGUGUGUCCCUUAGUACACGCACACACACUCACACACACAGUAUAAAUAUGUAUGUAAUAAAUUGUGCACUGUGUUCCUAAAUUUCUUUGUGUGCUCUUACAUUUUGUCAUUUAGGAGUGUAUGUACUCCUUGGGAAAACAGUUAGCGUAGAGCCCUGACUUUAGAUAAAAGCAUCUGCCAAAUGCAUAAACAUAAUGCAAAUGAGUGCAUGAAAAAUUAUACAAACAUUUUC